AUGCUCGACUUAAAAGCUGUGCCUAACACGAUUGCAGAUAGAGAUAAAAGGAUCAUGCUGUCGAAGGGCGUAGUGUGUUUUGUUCUGCUUGCUGCAACGCUUGCAGCGGUGCAAGCCGAAAAUCGCUUUUACUACAAACACCAUGGAAAGUUUCAAAAUCGACGCUCCUACGACACCUCGACGACAGCGUCGCCUUCGACAUUCGACCCAGACGUUUUGAACCGAUUUUUAGAAGAAUAUGCGAAUAAAAUAAAACGUACGACGGAGAGACCACAAGAAGACGAGCCAAAACUCAAGCCGCAAGGUUUACUGGCCGAUAUCGCGGGAAAUUCCGAUUCGGAACUUUUGCCGGCAGAGACGACAUUGAAUGACACAAACAAACGCCAAAAAUACUACUCCGCUAAUGCCCACGGAGAUGAAAGGAAUAAUGGAUGGGUUACUCUCGAUGCCAUACCUUGGUCGAAGAGUAAAAUUUCCAAGUGGCAAGCCAAUCCAACGUCGCAAAGACCUUGGCCCGAUUCGAAACCCGGCAGCUACGGUAACAAGCCAUGGAACUCGGAGUUUCCGUCAAGACCGGCUUCUUACGAAAGUAACAAGCCACCACCAUCAUGGCACAACAAGCCACAAUGGGUUGAUAAUCCACCGCAAGCUUCAAAGCCGUGGUAUCCCGAAAAUCAGCGGCCAGGCUACGUGGACAGAUACGAAGAAAAUCCCAGCCAGGCUCAAAAAUGGCCCCCAGAGCGUCCCUCGUGGGACAGAUACGGUGACAACUCCAGACCGAGUUCGGACAUCAUAACUGAUAAUGGACCUCCAAACUUCCCCUCCUGGGAUCGUCCAGGCUCAAAGCCAAGUUACUCGCAUCAAGUGGAGACUUACGUGAGCGAACCUAACGGAUGGCACGACAGAAACGAUUUUCCAAGCUACAACAAAUAUCCACGCCCCAAUCAUCACGACGAUUACUACGAUAGACCACAUUUUUCCCAGUAUCAGUAUCCCAGCCAGUCGUCGGGUGAGGCAGGUCAUCCUCAGAACUACCCAACCAGUGGUGACGGUCACUGGGUUUUACUUUCGACAAAUCGCGGCUACUCUAAAACCAGACAACGUUCCUUAAAACUGGACAAAAUAGUUGAGGCUAAUGAGGCAGAAAAGAAAAGACAUCAGCCCAAUGCUGCCAACGAGGAGGAAUACGUUCCAGCCGUCACCUCAAAAAGGCAGGUCAGAUUAACAGUACUACCAUCUUUAAAUGGCACCAAUACAACAACUUCGCACGGUGGCCUAUUAGAAGUCGAAAAAACCUUCAAAACAGUUGACCAAAGUCAACGAGAAUAUGAACAGAAAAAGAAGCUAGGCUUGCUGGCUAACCCCGGCAACUCUCCGAUUGUUGUUAAUGGUAAGCCAGGGCUUCACGGUGUUGGCCUAUCUCCGGGUUCGGCUGUUUUGGCGGCCGUUGGUGCGGGUAUGUUACCAGCCACAAUGGCUAUGAUGAUCCCAAUGAUGCUUGGCCGUAAAAAACGACACAUCCAUUUUCAAGAUGAAGAUAUUAGAUUAGCAAGGAUAUCACCUGAAUUACUCUUAAGGAGAAUGUAA